GCGAAGGGGCGGGACGGAGCCGGGACCGCCCGGCGGGGACGGGGCUUCCGGGUGGCGGCGGAGGCAUGGAGUCGGCGGCGGGGGGAGGCGAAGGUGGCUUCCGUGCCAGCGAGCACCAGCACUCCCGCUACAACCCGCUGCGGGAUGAGUGGGUGCUGGUGUCUGCGCACCGUGUGAAGCGGCCCUGGCACGGACAGCUGGAGAAGCCCCCCCCCGAGGACGUGCCCCGUUGGGACCCCAAGAACCCUCUCUGCCCUGGGGCCACCCGGGCCAACGGUGAGGUCAACCCGAACUACGAGGGCACCUUUGUCUUCCCCAAUGACUUCCCUGCAUUGCAGCCAGAUGCCCCCGAGCCUGAUGACAGUGGCCACCCCCUGUUCCAAGCGGCAGCUGCCCGUGGUGUGUGCAAAGUGAUGUGCUUCCACCCGCACUCCGACCUGACACUGCCCCUGAUGUCGCUGCUGGAGAUCCGGGCGGUGAUUGAUGCGUGGGCAGAACUGGAGGCAGAGCUGGGGGCCUCCUACCCCUGGGUGCAGAUCUUCGAGAACAAAGGGGCAAUGAUGGGCUGCUCCAACCCACACCCGCACUGCCAGGUGUGGGCCAGCAGCUUCCUCCCCAACGAGGCGCGCCUGGAGGAGCGGACACAGCGGCAGCACCACAGCCAGCAUGGUGUGCCCAUGCUGCUGGAGUACGCCGAGCAGGAGGCUCAACGUAAGGAGCGGCUGGUGGUGGAGAAUGAGGACUGGCUGGUGGUUGUGCCCUACUGGGCCACCUGGCCUUUCCAGACCCUGCUCCUGCCCCGCCGCCAUGUCCUCCGCCUGCAGGACCUGUGUGACAGCGAGAGGAACAGCCUGGCCUCCAUCAUGCGGCGGCUGCUGAUCAAGUACGACAACCUCUUCCAAGUCUCCUUCCCCUACUCCAUGGGCUGGCAUGGAGCCCCUACAGGCCCCCACCUGCAGGAGGACUGUGGGCACUGGCAGCUCCAUGCCCAUUACUAUCCACCGCUGCUCCGCUCUGCCACUGUCCGCAAGUUCAUGGUGGGCUAUGAGAUGCUAGCACAGGCACAGCGGGACCUCACCCCUGAGCAGGCUGCAGAGCGGCUGAGAGCCCUCCCCGAGGUGCACUAUAAGCUGAAGCCUCAGGAGACGGUGUGAUGCUGCCCAGGCCUGAGGCGAAGAGCUCGGCUGAGGUCUGUCAGCUUCUUCCAAGCUUCCUCAUGGGCUGUGGCUUCCCCAGCCCUCAUCCAGUCACAUCCCUGCAGUCUCUAUGCCAAAGGGCUUGUCUUCCUCCCAGUCUGGUCUUACUGGUGGAACUGGAAGUGCUGCCCAAUAAACCCGAAAGCAAAGUGCCUCUGGCUGUGCCCUGCUGGCUUCUGGCCUGUUAGGAGGACCCACAGCUGCUGGGAGGUAACCUGGGGGCUGCAGGGGAUGAGCUGCUCGCUGCUGUCUUUGCAUUGCCUUCUCCUCCUCCCUGGGGGGAGCUCUGGGCCUGCUGAGCUGCCUUGCAGGCUGAGGAGUGGAAGGCAGGAGGCUGCCCCAGAUGCAUUCAUCUCCUAGGCAGGGGUAGAAGCUGGCAAACUCACUGCUCCUCUUCCUUCUCACUGUCUGGGGAAACAGCCCUCAUCCUGCUUGCCUGGGUGCUUGGGAUGCAGCGUGAGGUGCAGCGUGGGGCUGGAUGCGGUGUGUGGGCCGGGGAACACGGCAGGCAGCUCCAUGCUCUACUCCCCCCUGCAGCCCCAUCUCCUCCGUGAUGCCUUACAGCUGAUUUGGGGGUUUGUCCUAUGGGGAUGCCCAGUGUAUGGAGCACCAUCUGCCGCCACAUCCGCAUGCAAUUCUAUUUUAAUUGUCACCAAAGAGCCAUUCUCAUAACUCCCUAAUGAGGCCCGUAGAGUUUUGAAGUCUGAGAGUGGUCCCCUGGGGGCCAGAAAUCUCUUGCAAGCAGGGAGAUUCUCCUCUACAGGACUGAUCUGCUACCUUCAAGACAGUGCCUUGUGGGAAGUGCCACAUGUCCCUGCCUAUGCAUUGCUUCCACAUCCCUGCCAGUGGAAGGCUGGAUGCUGUCUCCAUCCUCCCUGUGAUGUUCCCUUUAUCUCUUCCAGAUGUCCCCAUCACGUCCAGUGUCUCCAUCCUCACUUCUCUGUUCCUAUCCCCUCCAGUGUCCCCAUCCUGCCCCUGAUGACCCCAUCGCAGAGCCCAUAAGACAUUCCUAUCAUUAUUCCCCCAUGUCCAGCAGGUCCCAGAAUUUUUGGGAGGAAGUGAUGGAUGGCGGCAUGUUAGUGUGACUACCACCACCAAUGCAGCCCCCUGCUUCCCUUCUUCCUUGCAACAAGUGCACGCUCACAGCAAUCAUACGCCCUGCCCAGCUCUUCCCCAGGGCCGUGGAAAAGUGGCAACGAAUUGGCUUAAAUGUGGGAAUCCAGAUUGGGGUAAUUAGCCGCUGAACCGGUUGUAACGAGGCUCGUCAUCCCCCUGCACGCGCAGUUAGCUCUGAUUUAAUAGCCCACCAGCUCUCAGCCUGGCCCGCCGUGCGUCAGCCUGGGGCCGUAAAUGAAACUUGCAGUAAGUCAAGCGGUAUUAAACUUUACAGUCACCGUCUUUAAAAACGAGACUCUUUCUCUAAUAAAUCAGAGCAAGUGGGAUUGUAAAUAUCAGGGCAGGAUCUGUAUUGCUUAAUUAAACAGAACCUAAUGAACAGCCUGUUUGUUGUGCUGUGAUUUAGGAUGAAAGCUGGGGAGGUGCUGUGUGCUGAGGAGCACAGGUACUGCUGAAAUAACGCCAAGACACUAUGAGGGCUUCGUUUUGUUUAAUUUCUUCUUUUUCUUUCUCUCCCCAAAAAAGUGAAAGAUUUAAGGAAGGACAUCAGAUGGAUUUGUAGAAAGAAGGGAAUGGCUUUUUAGGGGCUUGGUACCUUUAAGUGGGGUGUGAAGAGAUGGGAAAACACAGCCAGGAGAGAUGCAGCCAUGCUUGCAUCACAGGGAGGGUAUGAUUUUGGCAGAUGAGAUGGAGCUGGGUGCAGGAUCAUUGCUGUGAUCCUGAGCGUGAUCCAGCUCUGCACAACCUGCAGACCCCAGCCUCGCAGUCUGCAGGCUCGGUGUGACGUUGUCACAGUGCUUGGGGCCCCUUUGGUGCCAGCUCUGAAGCCCAAACUCUGCCGCACCCAGAGCAACUCCCUCCCUCCCAGCACAGGUGAGACAAUAAAUACUGCGUGAAAGAAGUUAAUCUGUGACCAGAGUGUUUUAAUCAGGAAAAAAGAAAAAAAAAAAAAAAAAGAAAGUAUGAGUGCAGGCCUGCUGGCUCCUGCCAAACUGCACUUUUACUGUCCCUGCCGGUACAGGGUUUAUGGCUGUCAUUUCACUCCAGUUUUACUGUUGUUUUUGCCUUUAUUGUUGAGUUUCCCCUUGCCUCCAGUUGCCUGUGAUUGAAUUGAUGGAGGGGUGGGGGGGGGAUAGAGAAGAAGGAAGGGAGAGAUGAAGGCCCUGUAGCUCCUGGGGAAAGGGAACGGCCCAAGCCCCUCUGUUUCUAUCUGAAAGACACCAUCAGGCAUUUAGCAUGAAAAAUAAUUACAAAAAAUUAAGCAGAUGCUGAACACCCUGCAGCAAUCAGCUCCCUGCUAAGGACAGCCAUGGUAUGCCAGGAGAACCAAAACCAAAACCCAAAUCCACCCAGAACCACUCUUGGCACAGCACCCAGCUUAUGCUGGGCAGCCCAGAGCAUUGCUGGGUGUCUGGGCUCUGCCUGGGCUUUGGGAACACAGCCCCAUGUAAUCUUACGUGUUAUGCACCUGAAACGGGCAGCGAUUGAGCUGCAUCACCCUGCAGUGACCAUGUGGGCAGUAAGCAGGGAGUUGCCCCAUCAUCCCAAAUUUCCUGAUGCUGAGGACAUACUGCUCCAUCACAGAGAGCCCUCAUAAAUAACCCCCUGCUGCUUUUUAACCGUCUCCACCCCAUUUUCAAGUUCCCCCAAGGAUCAGGGAUGUUCAAAAAGCAACCGUCAGAUUCCAGCUGCUUCUGCUGCGUGUCGGUAACAGCAGGACCUACCCCAGCUCCUUAGAAAUGCUGGCACAGGAGAACAGAAAUGAAGCCCUUGUCCCCGCCAACAUCCGAAUCCCCCUUACCCCCCAGCCUGGAUCAGCCAUCGCGUCGGGGACUUUGCAGUGAUUAUGAUAGAACCUGCAGGACACCAAGGGCAUCACUAUGAUUUGUGCUGUCUAAAUGUUAAUCAGAAUAAUAAUGCCUAUUGAGACAGCUGUUUUAAAAGGCUGUGAUGUCGGAGUAAAAAUUCCAAUAAAACUCUAUUAGCCCUUCCUUGUUACACUAAUGGUGCCUGCUGCUAAAAGCCCCGCGCUAUAGACACCCGUAUUAAUGGGCUUAUUACAGGAAAUAAAAU